CUAUUUACUUCCUUGUGUGUCUUCCAGAGCUGCGGGUGGUGCUGUUAGGCGGGAACAAUUCUGGUAAAACAACUGUGAUCAACGCAGUCCUUGGUCUGGAGACUGAGACUGGGCAAAGAUCAGCUCACAGUCUGCGGAAGGAGGGAGAAGUCAGGGGCAGGAAGGUAGUCUUAGUAGACACCCGUGGGUGGUGGAGAAACUUCCAGGUGAUUGACACGGCAGAAUUUAUCAAACAGGAGCUUGUCCUGAGCGUGUGUCUUUGUCCACCAGGACCUCAAGCCUUCAUCUUGACUGUCAUGAUUGAUUUGCCUUUCACUGAGGAAAACCGGAGAGCCAUGGAACAACACUUAGGGCUUUUUGGGGAGAACAUCUGGAAACACACCAUAGUGGUGUUCACCAGAGGAGAAUGUCUGAGGGGUAAAAGCAUAGAGCAGCACAUUGAGAGUGAGGGAGAGGCUCUGGGGUGGCUGGUAGAGAAAUGUGGGAACAGAUAUUGUGUCUUUGAUAAACAGACAGAAGGCGAAAAACAGGUUAUUCAGCUGCUGGAUAAGAUUGAGGAGGUUGCAGUGAGUAACAGUGGCAGACAUUUUGAGCUUGAUGAGAAAACUUUAAGGGAUGCCAAAGAAAAGGAGAAAGAUGUCAAGGUGAGGGCAAAAGCCAGAUUCACGAAGAUGGUGAAGCAGAGAGAACCACUGAAAGAAGAAGCACAGGUACUCUCAAUGUCAGAAAUCAGGAUUCUUCUAUUGGGGUGGGUAAGCUCUAGAAAGACUUCAGCAAAAAACAUCAUUCUGAACGAAAAGGUGCAUGCAACCAACAGGACCACAUCAGUUCAGACACAAACCGGGGAAGUAGCUGGAUUAAAGGUCUCUGUGGUGGACACCCCCGGCUGGUGGAAGUACUUUUCUGCCCAGUCCACUCCUGGAUGGGUGAAGACACAGCUGCAGAAAAGUCUGACCCUCGGUUCUAAAGCCCCCCAUGCCAUACUCCUGGCAGUUCCAGCCGACACGACGUUCCCUGAGGAACAGAGAAAGAUCACUGAAGACAACAUGAAGAUGUUUGGAGAUCAGGUCUGGAGACACACCAUAGUGCUGUUCACAUGUGGAGACCUGCUGGGAGAGACGACCAUCGAGGAACACAUAGAGAGCGAAGGACAACCUUUGCAGUGGCUUGUAGAGAAAUGUGGGAACAGAUAUCACGUCUUUGACAACAUCAACAGAGGAGACGGGUCCCAGGUUACAGAGCUGCUGGAGAAGAUCAAAGAGAUGGUUGCAGGAAACAGUUCCUAUGCUUCUGAUACCCAGCUCUUUGAGGCGAAGGAGACCUCAGAAGAACCAAAAAGGUUGGAUGUGGAAAUGGGAAACUUGCUGGAUGAAAAGUGGAAACGUAUGGAUGAAAAGAUGGAGGAAGAGAUAAAAAAACUAGGGACACAAUCAGCUGACAGGAACAUCACAGGAAAAAAAAGCCUUGAUGAAUUUCAUGACUGUGAGUGUACAAUCAUUAAUAGUGUGUUAGUCUUUUAUCUAGGAGAAGAAUAUAGUGUACUAGUCAGGAUCUACUGAGGAUCUGAAUGUUCAAUGGAUUCAGUCCUGAUCUUCCUGAUCAAUGUCAAGCAAGAGUCAUAUCUGUACCAAAUCAGAGUUUUACCUUUGCCAGAUCAAGCCUUAUACAGUACUGUAUGAACUACUAUCUGGGAAUAAUAUUUCUUUGAUUAUGUAAAAUGCUAAGAUAACGUCACACCUUGUUUUGUGUUACUCUAAAAGUUAAAGCAAAUGAACCUUCAGAGACGACCCACAGGGAGUACCCAUCACUAGCAAAGAGUGAUACUCUAUCCUGUGCUCUUAAGUCUGGUCAUAAAAAACAUCUAACGGGAGAAAAGGUACAAACACUGUCAGGACAGACCAGUGAGGUGCACUCUGACCUUUUGGAGAAGGUGAAGGAGACCCUUGAGCGGGAAUGGGGCAGACGAGAGACGGUCGUCAUGGAGAGAACCUGGGGGAUGGUCUUUGAGAUGAACACAGCGCAUGGUUUAAAAUCAGAACCUGAUGAGCAUGAGAUUGAACAAGCAAGAAGAAAAGUGUGCGACUGGCGAAUAGAAUCAUCUGGACUUGGAUCAGAAUUACAAGAGGAGGACAUCAGUUCUCCAGAAUGACAAACAUUUGACACUGGACUGUUUGAAGCAUCUGCACUUGCCUGGAGGAUUUCCAUUGUGUGACUCCACUACAGUUCGAAGCAAAAUAAAUUGUAUGUAUUGUACAAAUUAUAUUUUAUUGUAUCGUAAAGUU